AUCUUUUAUUUUUCUCCGCACUUCUCACUCAUUACCCUCUCUCUCUCUCUAUUUAUAUUUGUAGUUGCUGCUCUGUGUCUCUACUUCGUCGCUGUUUGCGUAGUUUGAAGUUUUUCCCUUGCCGUUUUGUAAGUCUAAAGUUGCUUCUACCAUGGCAAGAAAGAGGCGAACCGAACUUCCUGGUGGUGAGAGCUCAGAGUCUCAAGAAGCUGGCUCAGGACAUGGUGGUGUUCAGCGCCCACCUGCUCAACAACAACCACAAUCGCAGCCACAACAGCAAGGGGGAUAUCAAGGAGCGGGAAGGGGCUUGACACCCCAACGUGGGGCCUAUGGUGGUCGUGGCGGCGGCAGAACAGCUCCUCAGCAGUAUUAUGGUGGACCACCUGAGUAUCAACAGGGUCAGGGCCGUGGUGGUCAGCAGUAUAGCCGAGGAGGUGCAGCACGCAGAGGUGCAUUCGUGGGUGGCCGCGAAGCGCCUUCUGCUGGUGGUCCAUCUCGUCCACCAGCUCCCGAGCUGCACCAAGCUACACAGUCACCAUAUCAAGCUGUGAUGACUACGCCUAGUUCUUCUGGGGCAAGCUCCUCUACACAGGCACCUGAUCCUCUGCAAAUUUCAGAAGUAACCGAGCACAUCCAGGAUCUCUCUAUCCAGCAAGAAGUGACUCCAGGCCAACAUAUGCAACCGGCUUCAAGCAAAUCUCUGAGAUAUCCGUUGAGGCCAGGAAAAGGGACCUAUGGCUCAAAGUGUGUGGUGAAAGCCAACCACUUCUUUGCGGAGCUUCCAGACAAGGACUUGCAUCAAUAUGACGUCUCAAUUAUUCCUGACGUUACAUCCCGUGGAGUUAAUCGUGCUGUGAUGGAGCAAUUAGUGAAGUUAUAUAGGGAAUCUCAUCUGGGUAGGAGGCUUCCUGCCUAUGAUGGAAGAAAGAGCCUGUACACUGCUGGACCACUACCUUUUGAUUAUAGAGAAUUCAACAUAACACUAAUAGAUGAAGAGGAUGCUCCCGGUGGUGUGAGGCGAGAAAGAGAAUUUAAGGUGAUCAUCAAGCAUGCUUCACGGGCUGACUUGCAUCAUCUAGGAAUGUUUUUACAAGGCAGACGAGCCGAUGCACCACAAGAGGCUCUUCAAGUUCUGGACAUUGUACUUCGUGAACUUCCCACUGCUCGGUAUUCCCCGGUUGGCCGUUCUUUUUAUUCCCCAGAUUUAGGCAGAAGGCAACCUCUGGGUGAAGGACUUGAAAGUUGGCGUGGAUUUUACCAGAGUAUUCGUCCUACUCAGAUGGGUCUAUCGCUGAACAUUGAUAUGUCUUCCACUGCAUUCAUCGAGCCACUCCCAGUUAUUGAUUUUGUUGCGCAGCUUCUGAAUAGGGACGUGUCAGCUAGACCAUUGUCUGAUGCUGACCGUGUUAAGAUCAAGAAAGCACUUAGAGGAGUAAAGGUGGAGGUUACUCAUCGAGGAAACAUGCGAAGGAAAUACCGCAUCUCUGGUUUGACAUCACAGGCAACUCGUGAGCUAACAUUUCCGGUGGAUGAAAGGGGUACAAUGAAAUCUGUGGUGGAAUACUUCCAAGAGACCUAUGGGUUUGUCAUUCAGCACACCCAGUGGCCUUGUCUCCAAGUGGGAAAUACCCAGAGGCCAAACUACUUGCCCAUGGAGGUGUGCAAGAUAGUGGAGGGCCAGAGAUACUCCAAGAGAUUAAAUGAGAGACAGAUCACUGCACUACUUAAGGUGACAUGCCAGCGUCCCAAGGAAAGAGAAUUAGACAUUCUUCGGACUGUUAGCCAUAAUGCCUAUGCUGCUGACCCUUAUGCGAAAGAGUUUGGAAUUAAAAUUAGUGACAAGUUGGCACAAGUUGAGGCUCGUGUCCUUCCUGCACCAUGGCUCAAGUAUCAUGAUUCCGGUAGGGAGAAGGACUGUCUUCCUCAAGUUGGGCAGUGGAAUAUGAUGAACAAGAGGAUGGUUAAUGGUGGCACUGUCAACAGUUGGAUCUGUAUCAACUUUGCCCGGAAUGUUCAAGAUGGUUUGGCACACAGCUUCUGUUAUGAGCUUGCUCAGAUGUGCAUGACUUCUGGCAUGGCAUAUAAUCCUCAGCCUGUGUUGCCAGUCCUGAGUGGUCGCCCUGAUCAAGUGGAAAGAGUUUUGAAAGCUAGGUUUCAUGAUGUGAUGACUAAACUGCAGCCACAUAAGAAGGAGCUUGACUUGCUAAUUGUUAUAUUACCUGACAAUAAUGGCUCUCUAUAUGGUGAUCUAAAGCGUAUAUGUGAGACAGAUCUGGGUAUUGUAUCACAAUGUUGCCUGCAGAAGCAUGUUUUCAAGAUGAGCAAACAAUAUCUUGCCAAUGUUUCUCUGAAGAUAAAUGUCAAAGUUGGUGGUAGGAACACUGUUCUAGUUGAUGCACUUUCCAGGCGUAUACCCCUUGUGAGCGACCAACCUACAAUUAUUUUUGGUGCGGAUGUUACGCAUCCACACCCUGGCGAAGAUUCUAGCCCAUCAAUUGCUGCUGUUGUGGCCUCUCAGGAUUGGCCCGAGGUCACAAAAUAUGCUGGCUUGGUUUGUGCACAAAGCCAUAGACAGGAGAUAAUUCAAGACUUGUACAAAACCUGGAAUGACCCACAAAGGGGGACUAUGCACGGUGGCAUGAUAAAGGAACUGCUUAUUUCAUUCCGCAGAGCAACAGGACAGAAACCUCAGCGUAUUAUCUUCUACAGGGAUGGAGUAAGUGAGGGACAGUUCUAUCAAGUUUUGUUUUAUGAACUUGAGGCCAUACGUAAGGCAUGUGCGUCUUUGGAGCCUAACUAUCAGCCAACUGUUACCUUUGUGGUGGUUCAAAAACGUCAUCACACUCGUCUGUUUGCUAAUAACCAUGGUGACAGGCAUUCAGUUGACAGAAGUGGCAAUAUUUUGCCAGGUACUGUUGUAGAUUCGAAGAUCUGCCAUCCCACUGAAUUCGACUUCUACCUUUGCAGUCAUGCUGGGAUUCAGGGAACUAGCCGUCCUGCUCAUUACCAUGUCUUGUGGGAUGAGAAUAAGUUCUCAGCUGAUGCCCUUCAAUCACUUACUAAUAACCUUUGUUACACAUAUGCAAGAUGUACACGAUCUGUUUCAAUUGUACCUCCUGCAUACUAUGCCCAUUUGGCUGCUUUCCGUGCUCGUUUCUACAUGGAGCCUGAAACCUCUGACAGUGGGUCGAUGACCAGUGGUGCAGUCCCUGGUCGUGGUGGUGGUGCAGGUGCACGGACUACUAGGGUUCCGGGGGUGAAUGCUGCUGUGAGGCCCCUUCCACAGCUCAGGGAGAAUGUUAAAAGAGUGAUGUUCUACUGUUGAGCGAUUACUUUGGCUCCAAAACUAUGUCAUUUGAAUUUUGUUGAGUUAAUUCUGAUAUAAUACCUACUAAAUCAGGAUGAUUGCUACUACUAAUAAUUAUGGUUGUGUUUAUUGUAAUAUUCGGAACUUUGACAUUUUAUCUAUUAUUAAGAUGUUUGUGCUUA